AGCUGGAGCAAGAUGGCGUUGCUGCUUCUCCUAGGGUCAGCACUGGAACAGCUCCUUCCUUUGCGCUCCCACUAGCACCGGCAGCUGCUUGAAUGGUGCAGCCGCUCUGCAGCUUCCAAUCCUUCCCUGGGGUUACUGCUACCGCGAAGGACCCCUCCCCCCCAAUUUUCAGCGGCUCUUGUUUUGGUGCAAAGCUUUCCCUCCCCGUGUGGCGGCCGGGGAGGGGGGGCCGGUGAGUGUGUGAUGCCAUUUUUAUGAUUUUUUUUGCAAAACACUCAUUAGUCUGAAUCUCUAGCCUGGGCCCUGCACCGGGUCAGGUGAAAUUUGAUUUUGCAAGCAGCUUCUUUUGCGUUUUUUAAUUUUUUUGCAUUCGCAGCCCCGAGUGCCUGAGUGCUUGCAGUUAAAAGGUGGGGGGGGAGCAACUCGCUUAUGCUGCCACUUGCAACUGUGGCAAUUACAACCCGAGCCCCCUUAAUCUUCCCAUGGAGGAUCUAAUCUACUAAAAAAAUACCUGAAGGAGACGCAUUGGGAUAAUAACAUGGAGGAAGAGGAGGAGCUGCAGUACUGAAUUCCCUGGCUGCGCUAUCAGGAGGAGAGAUGGUGAUUUUUCAUGUAGCACCGGUGCAAGUUCUGGAGUUGUGAGAGCUUUGAAAGCCCCCCCUUUCCCACCGCCUCACCUGCCCAGCGCCCGCCGCCUCUGUCAUUUGGUUUGGAUUCCUUUUCUCUCUCUUUUCCUCAUCCCCCCAUCACCCCCCCCCACUUUUCUGCUUUGCCAUGGGAAUGGUGGCAAAUCUCGUGGCUAUUGUCAUGUCGGCUUCAUUUUUCAACCCCAGCUUUGCCUUCAGUUCGCACUUCGACCCCGAUGGCACUCCCCUAAGUGAGCUCUCCUGGUCCUCUUCUCUGGUGGUUGUGGCCGUUUCCUUCUCUGGGCUCUUCACCUUCAUCUUCCUCAUGUUGGCUUGUCUGUGCUGCAAGAAGGGGGGCAUUGGCUUCAAGAGCUGGAGAAGCGAAUCCCGGGAGAAGAGGCUGAGGAUGGUUUUGAGGUGUCUGCCCUGCACGGGGGCCAGCACAGUGCCAAAAACAGCCUGUAAUGUAGAACUGGGAAACCCUGGGCAGCCCUCCCCCUGCCCCCUGACCAAGGAAUUUGAAAAUGCUGAAGGAGAAGAGUAUGCCAGCGAAUUCUCUGCCCAGGGCUCACCUGCCACACAGAAUGGCCCUGAAGUUUACAUUCUGCCACUCACUGAAGUCUCCUUGCCCAUGUCCAGGCAGCCUGGACGUUCAGUUCAGCUACUCAAAUCCACUGACUUGGGACGCCACAGCCUGCUGUACCUCAAAGAAAUUGGCCAUGGAUGGUUUGGCAAGGUGUUCCUCGGUGAGGUGAAUGCAGGGCUUAGCAGCACUCAGGUGGUAGUGAAGGAGCUAAAGGCUAGUGCCAGUGUACAAGAUCAGAUGCAGUUCCUGGAAGAAGCUCAGCCAUAUAGGGCACUCCAACACACCAAUCUCCUGCAGUGUCUGGCCCAGUGUGCAGAGGUCACACCCUAUCUUCUGGUGAUGGAGUUCUGUCCAUUGGGUGACCUGAAGGGCUACUUGCGGAGCUGCCAUGCGGCCGAGGCACUGGCACCUGACCCCCUGACUUUGCAACGCAUGGCCUGUGAGGUAUCCUGUGGCCUGCUGCACCUUCACCGCAACAACUAUGUACACAGUGACCUGGCACUGCGGAACUGCUUACUCACAGCUGACCUGACUGUUAAAAUCGGUGACUAUGGCCUUUCUCACUGCAAAUACAAAGAUGACUACUUUGUGACGGCUGACCAGCUGUGGGUGCCGUUGCGCUGGGUGGCUCCUGAGCUCAUCGAUGAAGUCCACGGCAACCUGCUUAUUGUUGACCAGACCAAGACCAGCAAUAUCUGGUCAUUGGGUGUCACCAUCUGGGAGCUUUUCGAGUUGGGAAGCCAGCCCUACUGCCACUAUUCAGACCGGCAGGUUCUCACUUAUGCCAUCAAGGAGCAGCAGCUUAAACUUCCUAAGCCAAAGCUACCCCUCUCCCUCUGUGACCGCUGGUAUGAGGUGAUGCAGUUCUGCUGGCUGCAGCCAGAUCAGCGCCCCACCGCUGAGGAAGUGCACCUGCUGCUGUCCUACCUGUGUGCCAAGGGUGCUUCGGAAGCUGAGGAAGAGUUUGAGCGGCGCUGGAACUCCAUGAAACCUGGGGGCGGCGGAGGCUCAGGCUUCAGCCACAUGGGCAUUGAGCUUUCCUCUUUCCCGCUGCUGGAACAUUUUUCCAAUGAUGGUGAUGAUGUUCUGACUGUCAUGGAGACGAGCCACGGCCUCAACUUUGAGUACAAGUGGGAUCAAGGCAAAGCUGAGCACCUGCCCGCCUCGGCCUUGAGCCCUCACGGAGCUGCCCGCUAUCACGAGCUCUACUACUCAGCCAGCAGCAGCAGUGGAGGGGGCGGGCACCUCAGCCUGGGCAUCUCACCCUCCUGCUAUGAGUGCAAGGUGCAAGGCUGCCCUGGCCUGCACACGCCAGGUGUGGUUCCUGUGCUGAGUGCCCACAGCCCCUCCCUUAACAGCGAGUACUACAUCCGCAUUGAAGAAGCGGCCUCAGAGGGCAGCGGGGCCGAUCUGGAUUACACCAUGUGCUCCUACAGCCCUGAGUUUGGCUGUUCGUCCCAAAGAUGGCAAGCCAAGGAAGGCCACUAUGAAUCAAGUAAUAGCCCUACCGUCUCACUCACCAUGGAACCCCUUCUGGGCCACUCUGUGCACACUGACAGUCACUGGGAGCCCCCUGAAUACUACUCCUAUGGAGGACAAGGGGAAAAGGAGGCCCCGUACUACGAGGCCUCCCCGGGGGAAAGUGCUGGUGACUACCUGCUGGAGGAGCCCAGUGUCUCCGAGUGGCCCGUUCCUGUUCUGAAGAAGAGUGUCUUUACCGACCCACUGGGUGUGUCGCCGUCAAUGACUUACAGCUACAAGGAGGCCACGUCGGACUGUGUCACUCUGGAUCUGGGCGAGGAGAACUCUUGUGGCAGCCCCAGGAGCGAAGGGGGUGAGAAUGAUGAAUCCCCUUCCUCCAGCAAGCAUUGGGCAUCCAACACAUCAGCCAAUAACAACAGCUGUCACUCGCUAUCCCCCUGUGAGCCCCCUGCCAAUGACAGCUGGUGCUACCGGCACAUGAUCACCUUCCAGGGGCUCAUGGCGGAACCACUGUGCACUUUACCCCUCGAUGAGCCCACUCUCGGUCUCAAAGAUCUGCGAGCAGCACUUCUGGGUGGGGAGCCCGUGACGUCAUCUCAGACAGGCUCCCUGUCUCUGAACACUGAGUUGCCCACAGAGGAAAAAGAAUCAGCUGAUGUUUCUGGUAUUGAGGUCAGCAUAGAGGACUCCACAGAUCCCCAAACCGAGAGUGGAGAAGGGCAAUGUCCCCAGGACAUUGUACCACCACUGGAGGAACUGGACUUGGGGACAUCGUUAGCUGUGCCAGAACCGGCUGCCAGUGUAGACACUGGAGAUGUAACUGCACCAGCGGAGUUAAUAGGUAACACACCAGCCACUGGGGAAGAUCUUGUGGAGGAGGCUUCAGUUGAAUGUCCACCCAAGAUGCUACAGGAGAUCAACCUAGAAAAUGGCAAGAGUGCCAGCAGUGAGCAGGACCGGACCCCAGACAAGACGGUGUCGAGUGCCAGCUUCCCUGAUAUGGAUGAGGCCAGCGAUGAGGAUACCGCUGAGAUCACUUUUGGGGCUUUUGCUGACUUCUCAGUUGAUUGUGUCGAACGGCAGGAUGUGAUGUCCACCUUUAAGUCCUUGCAGAAGCAGGUGGGGACCCCCGAUUCGUUGGAGUCAUUGGACAUUCCCUCCACCACCAGCUCCUGUGAGGCAUUCAGCCCCACAGCCUACGUAUCCUCAAGCCAGCCUAAGGCCCUGGACAGCGGGUACGAUACAGAGAAUUAUGAGUCACCUGAAUUUGUCCUCAAGGAGCCUCAUGAGGCACGAGAGCCUGAAAACUUUACCCAACUGGGGAAGAUGCAAGAAGACAUGGAGGGCUCGACCAAAGAGCUAAGUCUGUCCAGUUCUUUCAGCACUGAGCUGGAGGGCUUAGAUGAGAAGAACCCUUACCGUGACUCGGCCUACUUCUCUGACUAUGAUACUGAAGGGGGAACUCGGGAGGAUGGGGAAGGGGACAGUGAUGGUUCUGAGGAACAUGAGCCAGAGGCUUCCCAGGUAGUCUUCAAAGGGCUGGGGAAGGGCCCUAAGCAAAAUGGCACUGCAGGUGAAUCUGUACCUGCGUGCCCUGAGCCCACUGUCCUCUGUGGAGACAGUGUGGGCUGCACCUCUCCAGAGGAUGAUGAACAGGUCAUGAGGGAAGGAACUCUCAGGGAACCACACAAGUUGUUCAUAAAUGGAGUUGCUGCUGAGGAGCUGGAGUCAAACUCGGCAGGGGAUGAGUGUGAGGGGACUGUUGCUGUGGCCCCGCAGUUGGCUCCCACUAGAUCUUUUUUCUUGUCACCUGUGGUCAUGAGCACAGAGGUGCCCAUCCUGGUGGUUGAGGGAGAUGUAGUGGCAGGGAAUGAAGGGCUGGAGAGUGUGUUGAGUAAGCCAGAGCAGCCUGGAGAACUGCUGAGCAUAGGCGAGGGUGAGGAGGCACAGAACAAUCCUGCGCUCUCUGGUCUGUCACCGGCUCUGUCAGCAGUGCCUUCCCAGCAGUCAUCCAUCAUCUCCCCCGAUCCUGAGGAGGAAGAGGAUGACACGGAGGACAGCGAUGAGUCUGAUGAGGAACUGCGCUGCUACAACAUCCAAGAGCAGAGUGAAGAAAGUGAGGAGGACUCACCCACUGUGCCCAUUGUGGUGGCCGAGAGUCACAGUGCACGCAACUUGCGCAGUCUGCUCAAGAUGCCCAGCCUGCUGGUAGAAUCCUUCUGUGAUGACCUUGAACGCAAGAAGAAAGCUGUCUCGUUCUUUGAUGAUGUCACCGUCUACCUCUUUGACCAGGAAAGUCCCACAAAGGAACUUGCCGAGCAGCCUUUCCAAGGGUUCGCAGAGCCGGGCACGGUCCAGUCUGUGCCGAAAGAAAGCAACAGUCCUCCAAGCCCAGCAAGCCAGACAGAUACACCAAACAGUUCCUCAGAACGGAGCGCCUCUGAAGAGAGUAAGGGUGGUGGCUUUGAAUGGGAUGAUGACUUCCCCCUCAUGCCAGUGAAAUCAUCUCUCAUUCAGACAUUAACAUCGGCAGUGUCUGAGCCAGCCCUCGCCAGACUGCCACCCACACUAGGGCCCUCCCAGAAGCAGGUGCUGCCCAUCCAGUUUUCACGCUUCACUGUCUCACCUGCCCCGGUGUCACGGUUCUCCAUCACGCACGUCACCGAUUCAGAUGUCGAAUCUGUAGGAGGAAGCAGUGAAGAUGGUGACAGAGAGUGAGCUCGGCUACCUGUUAUCUUUUUGGACUUUCCAUCCUGACCCCUAUAGCUUCAGUUUCGGCAUCGGGGCAAAGGAGUAAGGAUUGUGACCCAGAAUCUGGGUGGAGCAGAAGAACUCUGUGGGGCCUCGCUCUAUUUUUUUUAAGAGGCAAAUUUUAUCGGACAGACCUUGACUUUGGGCUGCUAGGGCUGGAGUUGCCACAAUGAGGCAGCUUGGGAGAAGCGCAUGAAUGUGCAGAUGUGUGAGUGUAAGAGUGUGCGCGUGUGUGUGUACAGAUAGACAUAUAGAACCUAUAGCAUUUAAAGGGUAGAGCUGUGACCUCGUUAACAUUGCCACACCUCCACCCGAGCCAUCAUGACACCCCUCCCUCCAGCUCACCCCUCUCGAUCUCUUGACCCACACUGGCUUCCCAUGUUGGGCCACUGCCUUGAACACCAACUUCUGCCUGUUUUCUGCGCUUGUCACGUGUCCUUUCCGAGCCCUGUGAGGGGGUCUAGGGAGAGCACGUAGCCAUGCACCCUGUGCCAUUCACACAUGCUUCAGCUAGGCACUGGUACUCCUGCCGGGCCUUUCAUUUAAUGUGCUUUAACAGGCAAUCAACUGGAACUGCCAGACUUGGUGGUGCAGCAAGAAGGCGAAUGGCAAGAAGAGAGUGGAAGGCCAAAUGCAAGGAACGUGUGAGGCAGCCAGCUAUGGGUAUGGGUUGUCAUUUGCAAGGCGUGGGGCACACCCCGGCUCAGCAACCAACUUGCUGCAGUUUGCACAACUCAAGUGUUUUGGUUUGGUUUGAAACUGUUCCCUGUAUCGCAGUGAGCCUUGGUCAGAGAUCGUCUUGCCCAGUUACUCAGCUGCAGUGAAUACCUCCACCUCUGUGAUGAACAAGAUCAACCGAGACCCCAAGAGGCACGGGAGCUGUGCCUUCCUGGCCUUGGGCACAACACUUCUCCAUCUUGUCCUCUUGGAAAGUAACAUUUUUGAAGCCUGGGAUUUCAUUAUUUUUUGCUUGUUUGUUUGCUUGCUUGGAAGUGGCAUCGGAAGUGGCAUAGGAAAUGGAGGGGUGGUCCAAGAAAUCUGACUGAAGCCUGAAAACAUUACUGGCUGGGACGGACCAUGUGGAGCUGGGAUCUGCAUAUGGUUUCCUCCUCUCCCUAUCCCCACUUACUACAAUUUUCAUGUUCUCUUUGUCAACGUAUUAUAGGGUGGAGCCUUUCUAGGGGCAAAGAUAUGGCUUCCUGCAGGAGGUAGAGCAGAAAUAUGACAGCAGCCAAGCCUCGCAGUGUAAGAAGGGUCUCCCACUUUCCCAGGGGUGACCAACUCUGAUCCUCCAAAUGCUCACUGACUAUGAUUCCCAUCAGCCCCUGCCAACACAGCCAGUUAACUGUAGAUCAAAGGUCCAUGAGCCUCUGGAGGGUCAGAAUUGGAGAUCCCUGGUCCACACCCUUUUCAGUCAUUCAUAUGCAGGAGGAGUCUCCAGGCAAGACAAACAGCAGAAGUAGGUCAAAUUGCCACCCAGACUAUUUUUUGUAUAAAAUCGACCCCUGCCCCUGCCGCCUGCUCUGCUGUAUCACCUGUUCUAACAGAGUUGUGGGUUUGUUACUGUUGCCAAAGAGAUGUCAAAGAAGUUAACGUUUUAUCUAGGCGCUGGGGAGGGGAAGAGGGGCGAAGCUGGGGAAAGGUGGGAUGGGGGCGUAUUUUUUUGUUUUUGUUUCAAUAAGAGCAGUUUAAAGGUUAGGGUAAUUGUGCAAUUAUGAAUUGAGACAAAGAAGAGGACAUGAGAAGGAUUGCACUCUGGGGAUUGUGGCUUUUGGGGGGCUAUAGACCAAACAUGAAGGUUGGAAAUUGGGAGGUAAGCCUGCAGAUAUACAAUCCGCUGCUGACUGCUGUAUUGUGGGCUGUCUCCUAAUGGUAUUGGAGAAGACCCAGACAACACUUGCUUGGGCAACGAGAAAUUAAGUUUGUGUUAGUUCUGUAUACUUCUGCUGCUGCACUCUGCUGAUACAUGACAUGACUGUGGAAGGCAGGUUUGGCCCUGGAGUUGAUAAGUUCCCUCGUGUUUGGGUCACGACCACACAAAAUUUAAUGUGUGUCAAUUGACCUAUGGCCUUCACCAGUCAUUUUAUUGGCUGAUGUUCUUGAGGGGUGGUGGGAUCUUAACUUUCCUGCCCCUGCCAACCCUGCAAUUCCAUUAGGGAUUUUCUUAGUCUGAAAUCUUUCACUUAGGGAUUUUCUUAGUCUGAAAUCUUUCACUUAUUUCUUUGGGACUUACUUCUGAAUUUAGGAUCCUGCUGCUUAUUGUGAAUGGUGUAUGGUAUGCCGUCUGAGAGGCCCAGAACUUUAGGCCUCAGUUUAAGGUUUGUCAUUCAUCUUUCUUUGUAGUCAAGACACUGUCAUUUGUGUGACAUUCCUCAGUGGGAAAUAAUAUUUGCUCCUGUCUUGGUGAGAGCUCUGAAAACAGCACCACUGGGCAUGGCAGGUUAUUCAGCCUUUGUGCACAGGUGGCUCUGAUGGACAGAGACAUUCAGCUCCCCCUCCUUUGUCAGCCCAACAAAAACAUCAGACUUGAAGUACUUGCUGCAGCUGUGAUUUCUGAACAAAAGUGGCGAGCACUGCUCUUUCCUGAAGCUAUGUAUGCAGUUGCCCAAGGUUUGGAAAGCAGACAACAGUGCCUUUACCUUAAGCUCCUCCCCUCCCCUAGCCACUGGAUUUCCCUGUCAAGGUAACAGUGUUUAGUUCUCUCUCUUUGUUAUUGCUGGAAGUGUGUUCCUUAGUCUGCAUCCUGUUUGGGGUUUCAGAGGCUCCAGCAUUCACCAACAGGUAUUUGAAGUUUGAUCCCGCCAGAAAAGCUGAAUUGGUGAUGCUGGUCUCAAUUCAGACUAUAUCUGUGUGGAAGGGGGCAAGCUCAGACGAAAGGCAGGAUCAAGAGGAGCAGCCAGAAAAUAAUUUUCAGCAUUUACAUAGCCAGCACAGUGUAGCUGUUAUUUUGAACUAGGAUUUUGGAGAGUCGAGUUCAAGUCCAUACUCUUCCAUGGAAACUUGCUGGGUGACCUUGGGCCACCUGAUCUACCUCACAGGUUUGAUGUGAGGAUAUGGAGGAGAGAACAAUGUAAGCCACAGGUGGCCAACCUAUGGUGCUCCAGAAGUUCAUGGACUGAUGGGAAUUGUAGUCCAUGAACAUCUGGAGCACCAUAGGUUGGCCACCCCUAGUGUAAGCCAUUUGGUUCCAUUGGAGAGAAAUGUGAGGUAUAAAGUAAAUAAAAUAAACAGAUGGAUUUUAAAAAUCUACAUCCCCUCCAGAUGUUCCUAAACCCAGGCAAGAUGUGUGACCCCAGUGGAAAAAGGCCUGAAGUACUUUCCUGCCAAGUUUUAUCUGGUUGCUGUAGCUGACACCACCACCACCACCACCCCCGGCCCCAUGGAAUGAAUUUCAUAUACAGUUUCCUUGUAUCCACCUAUGCCUGCUUUUAGGGUACGAACUGCACAUGGGAAGGUUGCUCUUGUGGCCAUCUACAUUUUGCCAAGAGACAUCAAUCCAUUUCUUACAUCAGCUAUGCUCAGCCAACACCUGCAGACAGUACUGUCUCUCAUGUAGCAACGCAGGGUGUUCAGCUUUCAUUUGCCAAAACAGGAACCUCCAAACUAGGAAAAAGGUCUCCCCGCUCCCAAUGGAGGGUUAGGCAGUAACUCCGUCCCCUCCAGAAUGAAAAGAAUCCAAAUCUUAAGCCAUUUUAAAAAUUUCCAUUUUCCAUUUUUUAAAUUUAAUGCCUGUAGAUCAAGGGUACAUUUAUAAACAACCUAAGAUUUAAAAUUCAGUUGUACAACAUUCAUUAAAACACCAACAUUUACAGUUCUAUAAAGCUUAUUAAAUUAUAAAUGUACAGGAUUAUACAAUUAAAAUUUAAGAAAUAAUGCCAUUAAAUGCUGUAGACAGACAUUUUAUGACUGCUGAAGUUAUACUUGGAUCAGUAUCUGCUAAUAAUUUGGCUACAAGCUCCAGUUUUAUGGCAGGGUUCCACUUUUGGAUAUAUCUAAUAAUCCCUUUUAGUUGCUUUGUAUUUCUUACAGUUGAUAAAGAAAUGCCAGAUGGUAUCUAGUCCCCAGAUUUGCAGUUGCAAAACCACUUAGAGAAGGGGGUUCUUUGAAAUCUACCCUUAAACGUUUGCCCUUAAACGUUUGCCCUCCCAGUUGAGGGGGCAGAUGCACCGGUGGUUGAGAAUUCUACAGCUGUGCCAUCACAAAAUUAGGAAGUUCAGGCUGUGGCCGGGCUGCAUUGGCAUCCUACUUGGACUCGAGCGUGUAGGGGGUUGGGGGGUUCCUUGGGGCAGAGCCACCAUUGCCCAGUCCCCUCUCAGGGGUUAGGGCUGGUUGCAAUUGUCUGUCUCAACUCUGAUUGAGACCAGCAUGACAAUGAUGCUUGGGGCAGAGCCACCAUUGCUCAGCAUCCUCUCGGGGUUUAGGGCUGGUUGCACCAGCCCUCAGAUGUACACAACACUUUCUAUGAAUUAUGUCCAUUCAACCCUAUGGAGUUUUUCAGUGGUGGGAAAAUCCCUGGACCUGCACCACUGAAAAGUCCUUUUGGGGGCGGCGGGGCAGUGCUGCAUCAGUAUCACAACCCACUGCCUCUGGGUUUGGAUGAGGCUGGGUAAGAUACUAGAAGAAGAAGAGUUUGGAUUUAUAUCCCCCUUUUUUCUCCUGUAAGGAGACUCAAAGGGGCUUACAAUCUCCUUUCC